GAGAUUAUGGUCCGGUUGCAGAGCGCAGAGCCAUCGUUUCUCCGGUGCACAUUACCUGACAACACCUGACACGCGCUCACAGAGGGCUCUUUAGACGGCACCCACGGUAGGUUCGUGUGAACUGGACGUUGUCUAUAUGUCUGGGACCUUCGAUUAUAGACGAAUGAAAGGGACAUCAUCUGAAAAGCCAGUUUUUGCUCGGCAGCGUUUGACAUCGUAAACAUGGCUUUACCUGACAAUGCUAUUAGCCUUCCUGUCCAGGAACUGGCUUUUCCGGAAAUUAUCGAGCUGAACGUCGGGGGUCAGGUGUAUAUCACCCGCUACUCGACUUUAACAAGUGUGCCGGACUCCCUCCUGUGGGAGAUGUUCAGCCAGAAGAGCACCGAGAGCUUGGCGCGCGACACCAAGGGCCGUUAUUUCGUCGACAGAGACGGAUUCCUGUUCCGUUAUAUUCUGGAUUACAUGCGAGACCGGCAGCUCGUCCUUCCGGACCAUUUCCCGGAGCGAGGACGGCUGCAGCGGGAGGCUGAGUUCUUCCACCUCCCUGAGCUUGUUAAGCUGUUGGCACCAAAGCUCAGCAAGCAGAACUCUCUAGGCGACGAGGGCUGCCAGAGCGACCCCGAGGAGCCCUCGCCAGGGGCCGACGUCGGGGCCGUUGCCUGCUCCAGCGACGGAAAGUGCUCCGG